AUGUCGAGGCCGAUUCCAAUUCUAGACGUGUUUUUUAGUCAUCUAUUUAUUUCAGGGGCGAAAUCAACAACGUUCACCUUCACCAACAAUUGCCCAUUCACAGUGUGGGCCGGCACACUGAACAAUGCCGACAAGCCCCAGUUGCCGCAGACGGGAUUUGAACUCGCACAAGGUGCAUCAGUCUCAUUAGAUGCUCCCGUCCCAUGGGGCGGCCGGUUCUGGGGCAGGACCCGUUGCUCCACAGAUGCUAGUGGAAGGUUCGCAUGCGCCACUGCCGACUGUGGCAGUGGCCAGGUUUCAUGCAAUGGUGGGGAUGCCGCACCACCGGCCACAUUGGUGGAGUUCACUUUGGGGGGUGAUGGUGGCAAAGAUUUCUACGACACGAGCCUAGUAGAUGGUUUCAACGUGCCUUUCUCUGUGACCCCACAAGGUGGUACAGGCAAUUGCGGCACGAGCGGUUGUGCAGCGGAUGUGAAUGCGAUCUGCCCACCGGAGUUGCAGGUCACUGCAUCUGAUGGGGCGACGGUCGCGUGCAAGAGUGCUUGUUUAGCUUUCAACACUGACUGGUACUGUUGCAGGGGUGCAUUUGGUACACCAGCCACAUGCAAGCCCACAACCUACUCAAAGAUCUUCAAGAAUGCAUGCCCGACGGCUUAUAGCUAUGCGUAUGACGAUGCUUCCAGUACUUUUACGUGUACCGGUGCUAACUACCUCCUCACCUUCUGCCCAUGA